AACCUGUAACGAUAAAGUUAUACAAAAUACUGCGUUAAAUCAUUUAGCUCUAAGGCCCAUUUAAGACCUGGUGUCUGUGCCCAUCCCCAGUUAUUAGUAUUGUCAUUAAAUGUCUACUUCCCCUGUUCAUGUAGUCAUGCUUUCUCUUAUGAGUCUGUUUGGAUGCUAAACACUGAAACUUUUUUUUUUUAUUGUCGUAGUUCUUGUGUGUGUCAUGGGAGCAAGAGUUCCUCCAGAUGAACAAGGAGCAGCUGGUCAGCAUUUUGAACAAUGAUGACCUCAACGUGGAGAAAGAAGAGCACGUUUAUGAGAGCAUAAUUCGCUGGCUGGAGCAUGAUCUUUCUGGUCGUCAGGCCUCCCUCGCUGAGGUGUUUACCGAAUGCAUCCGUCUGCCCUUGCUGGAUGAGGCCUUCCUAAGUCAGGUACCUGCCCCCUUCGCCUGUGCCCUAUCCCUGUCUACCGACCCUGCUGAGGCCAAAACCCGCCUGACUGGCACCAAUGGUUGCCCGCAGCGCCUGGGUAUGACUGCUUCUGAGAUGGUCAUCUGCUUUGAUGCCGCUCACAAACACUCAGGGAAGAAGCAGACAGUGCCUUGCCUUGACACAACCACAGGACGGGUGUUCAAGCUCUGCAAACCCCCCAAUGAUCUCCGGGAGGUCGGUAUCUUGGUGUCUUCAGAGAACGACAUCUUCAUCGCUGGAGGUUACAGGCCGAGCAACAGCGAAGUGUCCAUAGAUCAUCGGGCAGAGAGCGACUUCUGGCAGUACGAACACGCGGGCAACCGAUGGCUUUCACGCGCUCCGCUGCUGAGGGCCAGGAUCGGAUGCAGGCUUUUGCUCUGCUGUGGGAAGCUUUAUGCACUGGGAGGCCGAGUAUAUGAAGGCGAUGGACGAAAUGCUUUAAAGUCAGUCGAGUGCUAUGAUGCCAGAGACAACUGUUGGACAGCAGUGAGUGCUAUGCCCGCGGCCAUGGAGUUUCACAGUGCUGUGGAGUACAGGGACCGCAUCUAUGUCCUCCAAGGGGAGUAUUUCUUCUGCUUCGAUCCCCGUAAGGACUAUUGGAGUCACCUCGCCCCGAUGAGCGUCCCUCGGAGUCAGGGUCUGGCUGCCUUGCAUAAGAACUGUAUCUACUACAUCGCCGGCAUCUGCAAGAACCACCAGCGCACCUUCACCGUGGAGGUCUACGACAUCGAGAAGAGCACAUGGAGCCGUAAGAAAGAUCUGCCCUUUGACCAAGCCACCAGCCCGUAUAUAAAGGCCAUGCUGCUGCAGGGCAGGCUGCACCUGUUCGUCCGGGCCACACAGGUCAUGGUGGAAGAGCACGUGUUUCGCACCAGCCGCAAGAACUCCCUUUACCAGUACCAUGACGACGACGACGACGAGGCAGACGCAUGGACCAAAGUCUAUGAGACGCCCGACCGCCUUUGGGAUUUGGGCCGCCAUUUUGAAUGUGUGGUGGGCAAACUGUACCCACAAUGUCUCCAGAAAGUGCUUUGAGGUCACUGGAUUUGUGAACCCCAAUCUCUGAGGCAGAGGGAGAUGUGUGGUCCUGCCUGCCUUGUGCCUGGUGUUUCCUUGGGUUUGCACCACAAGGACCAUUUUUUGGUUACGUCUUAAGUCUUUCAAACUUUGGUUUAACAUGAUCAAACUGGGGGUGCUUUUAAAGAUUGCAGUAUUUCUUUUUUUUCAGACGGCACCAACUACCCUACAUGGAUGCUUGUUUAAAAAACAAUACAAUGAAUCAUAAGUGCAAUUAUCAUAUUUUUUGCUUGUUGUUGAGCCAUGUUCUAUUUUUUGUUUUAGAUGGAUAUAGGUAAGGAUUUUUACAAAUGAUAAGCAUGCAAAUGAGGGUAUUGGCAAGAUAAAAGUGCCCUCUGGAGAUGUGGAUGCUACAUGUCAGCAUAAAGUGAAAAUCUAUAUAUAUAAAUAACUAUAUAAACUAUAUAUUCAUACGGGUAAGAUGAUCACCAUAGCUCAUUAGUAGGUUGCUGGCUCUGAGGUUUGUGUGUGUGUUUGUUUUUUUCUGUUCUCAAGUCUUUUCAGCUUAUUUUAUAGACUAGUUUUAAUUUGAAGUGUUCUUGUGAUUUACAUUACCUUUGUGUUUUUGAAGCUUGUAUGACAUUUUUUUUAAAGCCCCCCUGUUCCUUCACAACAACUGUGUCAAACAAUACACUAUGUGUGGCUUCCGAGCUAUUUUUAAGUUUUGUUUGAGAUUCCAGUUGCAUGGGGGCUCAUAACCUCCCUCUCUUUAAGUUGGCAUCCAUUCUGUGUCACAUGCGAAGACAACUUAAGUGAAAUGUUAGGAUACUCACUCUCCACAUUGGAGAAAUAAGGACGGAGUCAAAUUGUGGCAACACUAAGUGGAACGUUCAGACCAACUAACAGGCUUACCUCAGAAACUUCAGAUGUGUUUGAUUAGGAGAAAAGGGACAUGUAAGGCUAUAGUGUUGAUGAAGCAACUGUGAAAAGCUCAGUGGAGCAUUGAGCUCUGUUGAGGUUGUUUUUCAACAUUGGAUUAUAAUCAUUGGAAAAAGGUUAAAAGAACCUUCCUCUUAAAUGUUAAAACAAGCAUUUGAGGUCUUGUUAUAGUUGAUCUGGACAUUGAAAAUAAUUGUGUGGUAGCAAUAAGUCAUGGAACUGUGCUUAGGCUAUAUUACAUUAUAUUACCUUAGUAAAAGUGCAUUAAUUGUUUUGUGUGCUUGUCUGCUCGUGAAAAAUCACAGUAGUUCCAAUGAUUGUGUGGCUGUUGCAGGCUUGAAGUGAUGUGUAAUUUAGUGCAGAUUAUUUCGGAUGCCAAUGUGCCUGUGGCUUAAAAAAGAAGAAGAGGGGGGAACAGUAUCAAAAACUGCUCCUUGUGAUGAAGAAUAUCUCAACAGUCUUACUCAGCAUUGCACUGAAUCACUCUCCACUUCAGCGGUCCUUCACUGCAGACUCUCCGGAGCACCCUCCCGAACAAGCAGACUAUGAAAAAGCGAGGGUUGCUCUCGGGUCGUGUGCUAAUUCAUCCAAGAGCCAUGAAUCCGUCUUCACACGCCAUCACACCGAGGACACAAAAUUGUUGGUGCUGCUUUUUUUUUUUUUUUUUGACAAUCUUGUAUAGAAGAAUUAAUACCACCACUGAGUGGCGUUCCCUGUGAAAGUGUGACAUUUUUCAGUGCCGUCAAUUUCCUCAUGCAGGUUCCUGUGUCAUCUUUGCACUACACAUUUCUCCUGUAUUUUAUCUUAGCGAAAAAGAACCCCUCUCACGAAAAAUGUUUGAAUAACCACAUAGCAAUCAUCUAAGAGAUUUACAUGGAAAUUAAGACCAGAAGAGUCACACUCGUUAAGGACUUGAGGAUAUGACUUCUCCAAGAGAAGAUCCACGGUUUUGACUGACUUGGAGCUCAUUUUAAAUUGACCUGGCUCGAACAAUGCUCUCUAAACAGCCACAUCCACAUGUCUACAGACAGCCAUUUGAGAACCAGAAACGGAGAACUCUCAGGAUUUCUACUGAUACACAGUACUGUAUUUAAAUGUUUUUGUUAUGUGUAAUAUACUGUACUAUAGGUUUGCUGUACUUGCACAGUUUUUUAAAACUUCUCUUCAGUUUUCUUUUAUAACUUGAAAAAAAAUAGAUGUGAUUUUUUCUUUUUGUUGUCUUCAGUGGCUGUUUUCUUUUUCUUUCUUUAUGUGUUUACCUAUUUAGUUAUAGUAGAGUAAUCCUGCUCUGUUGAGAAAAAUUGAUAACCCGCACGAGUGAUGCAUUUUGAUUUCCUCCCCUCAGUAGUACAGUAGUAUUUCUUUGUAACAUCUCACCGAAACUAAGCAUUACAGAUCGCGUAACUCCAAUGUUACGUCACGUUUUCAAACACCAGUCAUGUAAUACAACAAGCUAAAAACUGCUUUCUGUGUUCAAAAGUUAUACAUGGCUCAUUUUGGUCAUUACACGCAUCACUUAAGGGUGCUAUGCCAUUGUGCUCAUGCUUUUUCUUUGCUGGUUUGUAUGUUUCCGGGUUCGGGGUUAUAGUGGUGGUUGAGCUCAACUGUGAAAUUCACAUUGCACAUCAUUUGAAAAUAAAACUAUUAAAAGUGAAA